UCCAAUAUUCAGCUGACAAUGACAAUUGAUUUUUAAUUGUUUGGGUUCGUUGUUUAAUGUCUGAGGGAAUAUUCUUUGUGAGUGCAGCAAACAAUUCUGAUUUCAAGUUCGACAAUGAAAUAGUAUUUCCUAUUUUCGAACAUAAUAGAGCAAAAUGGUGAGCGAGGCGGAGAAGUUUUGUUUAAAAUGGAAUGAUUUCGAAACAAAUCUAAGCCGAGCUUUCAGCGAACUCAGAGAGGAAAAAGACUUUUUCGACGUGACAUUAGUUUGUGAAGACAAUCAGCUCGAUGCACAUAAAGUUAUCCUAAGUGCGUGCAGUCCAUUCUUCAGAAAUAUUUUAAAGAAAAAUCCCCAUAAACAUCCCCUUCUAUACUUGAAGGAUGUUCGGUGGGAGGAUAUGCAAUCUAUUCUUACAUUUAUGUACCAGGGUGAGGUGAAUGUUGCACAAGAUCAGCUAACAUCAUUUCUAGCUGUUGCAGAGGACCUCAAGGUGAAAGGUUUAACGCAAAGUCCUAAAUCCGAUCCCCACAGCUCAGCAGGGAGUAAAGAAUCUAAACCUGAACCCAGUCACAAGCGCAGUAGUUCAACUAGUAAUAUUAAUGGAGGAGCUGCACCAGCUAAACUACCAAAGUUGACCAAAGGAGAAUAUUCGGAUAGAGGAUCCUCAACGCAAUCUCAGUCUCUACCUCUUAUUAAGGUUGAAGAGAUGCCUGUUGUAGAUUUAGAACAAGAGAACCAGGUUGAAGAGUAUGUAGAGGAAGGUUAUGAGGAUUAUGAGGAAGGAUAUGAUAUAGAUGAGGAAGGAUAUGAUCUCCAAGGUUCUGUUCAACAACCUCAGCAGUCCAACAUGAUGAGGUUAUCCUCAGGUUUUCUAGAAGGUUCUAAGCCGGAUAUAAACCUUGAAGAGUUCUAUGUUCUAGAGGCGGAUGGACUCAAGUGUGAGAUCUGCGGACAUGUCAGCGCAACUAAACGACUAAUAAAAGUACACUUAGAGGGUAAACACGGUUUGUCUGCCGGGUAUACUUGUGAGUUCUGCAACAUCUUUCAUAAAACUCAAGAAGCUCUUAGAAUUCAUAAAAGAAGAAAGCAUAAAGCACCAUUUAAUCUACUCAAAUAAUUCAAUGACCUGAAGAUGGUGAAAACUAAUAAAUCAUGAAUCCACGAGAAUAAAAACUGCAUUUAUUCAAAAAAAAAUAUUGUAAGAACAGACAUUUAUUAAAAUGUCACUAUUGCACCUAUAAAGUAAAUGAAUUGUAUAAAUGUAAAUGAGAAAAUAAUGUUUUGUGAAAAGCAAAAUCACUAACUAUUAAUCAAGCCCCAAGAUAAAUAUUUAAAAAAUCGCAAAAUAAUAAACUGAGUAUUGCUGACUAGACUUUUCAAACACAUUGAAUAAUAUUUCUUUUAAAAGUUGAAACACAGGUGAGUAAUUUGACUAAAAAGUAUGCAAUACGUGCUUAUCAGUUAGCCAAGAGGUGAAGGAUAAGGUUUACAGGUCUAGUCCAAUUGUCAACAGCUAAACGUUAGUCCUAUUUCAUAUGCAAAAAUAAUCACGAAAGUCGAUCUUUAAAUGUCCACACGAUAGGUAUUUUUUUAACUUCUAACUUUAUCAAACUGUAACUGACUUUUAUUUAACUCGCUUUGUACAUAUUUGAAAUUUAUUGGUUUUGAUAGAAAUAUUAAUAUGUGUGCAUUUUUACAACACCGUAUUUAAUUUGUCUAGGCUCUAUUUUUAAAUAAAAUAUUUAUUAAUUCAA